GAAACACAUGUUCUGGGAAUUGAUGGGUAUAUGCUUUUCCUGCAGGAGACCCACCAGCGGCAGGUUGAACAGUAAAAUCUCUGAGCAUAUCUCGGCCUCCGUAACUCCUCUCCAUGUUUGUCUGGAGGAACAAAGAAGACCAGAACUGGGCUCAUGUGACGCCUCACAAGCUCACAAGCCUCAGGUUAAAAGAACCUUUGAGAAUCAAAAGGCAGAAGAAGAGACUCCCGAGGAGGUGGCGGAAGGCGAUUCGAUCGAAGUCGAGGCAGGAGAGUUAAGACACAGCCAGCCGAGUAUGGCCAAUACUAUCAGCAACAUGAAGAUGACUAAUCCCAUAAAGGGACUGGUUAGCAAGCGCCGCAAACGUUUUACAGAAGACGGUUUUAAUCUUGAUCUCACAUAUAUAAAAGCGAAUUUAAUAGCGAUGGGUUUUCCUGCUGAGAAGCUGGAAGGAGUGUAUAGAAAUCAUAUUGAUGACGUUGUUAAGCUGCUGGAAUCGAAACAUAAAGACCAUUAUAAGAUUUAUAACCUGUGUUCCGAGAGGUCGUACGAUUGCAAAAAGUUCAAGCAGAGAGUGGCUACUUACGCGUUCGAUGAUCACAAUCCACCAAAGCUGGAGCAGAUUAAGCCUUUCUGCGAGGACGUGCAGUCGUGGCUGUCCCAAGAUAAGGACAAUGUGGCCGCAGUUCAUUGCAAGGCGGGCAAAGGUCGAACGGGUGUAAUGGUGUGCUGUUAUUUACUUCACAGCAAACAAUUUCCCACUGCCACGGAAGCCCUUAAUUAUUAUGGAACUAAACGGACUCACGAUAGGAAAGGCGUAACGAUACCAUCGCAGAGAAGAUAUGUGGAUUAUUAUGCUACCCUCCUCCAAGAAGGUGUCAGUUACGAACCAGUGACAUUAUUAUUGCGUAAAAUACAACUGGAUCCGGUCCCUAUUUUAAACGGAGGUCAAGGUUAUCUGCAUUUUGUAAUCACGGAAUCAAACAAGAGGAUAUUUGCUGAUGAUUACGAGGUUCGGAAAGGUACAUCUUCUAUAUGUAUCCCAUUGCAACACACUGUCGCUCUGACGGGAGAUAUACGGGUGGAGUUCUACAACUACAAGCCAAAAAUGAAACGGAAGGAGAAGAUGUUUCAUUUUUGGUUCAACACAUUUUUCGUCCGUGAGAAAACGAAUUCAGAGUGCGACAAUGGCGAGUUACAUGUUGAAAGAUCGGCGAGGGCAUUUAGCUGCGACGGCACAGCCAUGGAAUUGCCGAUGGUUAUGUCGCACGUGAAACCUAGAGCUGGAUCGUUGGCGAGCCUCGGUCCUAUGCCGCCCACUCUCGUUUUACGGAUAGACAAGUCGGGAUUGGACAACGCGCAUAAGGAUAAAAAUCAUAAGCUAUAUAGUCCAGAUUUUAAAGUGAGUCUAUUUAUGCAUAGCGUGGGCGGGAACAUAACGCCAGCUGUGCCAGCGACGGCGAACAGAGGUGGCGACGGUGUGCAGCUGGGGAUGGGCGGGCAGGAGACGCCGAGCGAGUCGAGCGAGGGGGACAGCAGCGAGUGCGACACUACCGGCGACGAGGACGGUUGGGAAUCCGGGGAGUCGACAUAUUUGUGACUGUUGAGACUUGACUGAUGAUGGCGGGGCCGAUCGGGGCUAAACCCUGUGACGAUCAACCUCUGACCGCUGAAAACCUCCGCACCGCUUGAUUACCGAAAUCGAUUGUGUGUGCGAAACUAGAUGAAAACGACCACCAUCGCCAUCCCCGUGCCUGCCACACCACGCAUGCAUACACACCCUGCCCGCCAUCUCCCGCCCCACAAAAAAAAAACUCUUCUUGGUAUACACACACGCUGAUGCUUCACGAAAGAAAAGAGUUACGUUAUCAUUUAGAGUUAAUUUAAUUUAACGUAUUGUCGUGUGUCGCAUCGUGAUCAAGUACACGGCUUUUAUAUGAAAGAAAUAAAGCGCCAGUUCUUUUUUUUUUUUUAAUCCCGGUUGUGUCACCGGGGAAUUUCCGUGUCCCUCGGGUGUAUUUAUAUGACUCGCGACGAUCUAUUAACGAAUAAACGAUUUUGUAUAAACGCAAAUGUAUUUAUAUUAAGUAUCAAUCUAAGUUGCGACAGGGUAUUAAUUGAAUUGAAGUCGUGCUUCAGACCCAGUUUGGUCGCUGCGUUCGAUAGAUUAAGUCCUCGUCUUGGCUGCGCCAAAUAGAUAGAGAUGCUUUUAUGAAAAAUUAUAGAAAUCAUUCUCUUGAAAAGUUUUUUAUCGUGACAAAAAAUUGAGAUGAAAUAAAUAAAGGAAAGCUUGCGGAAAUGAUUUUAGCGGAAGGAGCUUUGCGUUGGAGUUUUGAAUUUGCUACACGGAGAGGCGCUUGGUUUCUUCUGUGCAAAAGCUGUUCACACCAGUGAUAGCUAGAAUUCUUAUAUAUAUAUAAAAGAAAAGACGAAUAUUCGGUAAACAUUUUCGUUUCAGUCUUGCAUGUCAAACGCGCUUUGCUGUCGGAAAUGGAUCGAUUUCGCAUACAAGUCGAGUGAGAGUCUUGAGUAUGUGAAGUACUCCCCCGAGUACUUCGAAUACGAAGAAUCCCUAAAGUACGCGCUGUCGCGUGUAACGCGAGAUGUAAAUCGAGAGUUUCUCUCUCUUUUUUUUUUAUUUAUUUAUUCAUUCUCCGAGGAGAGCAAUAACGAUAUUCGCGUCUUGCGCGCGAAUAACUUAUUUAUUAUCUUUCCCCGACGUGUUUUAUUCGUAUAUAAUAUACGUACUACGCAAGCGUUUUUUUUCUUUUCUGGUGUCUCUUCGACGAUUGAUGGACGAUUCAUUUCGACGACGCAGAUAUCCGAUUUGUCGCAACAUUUGUGUAUUCGCGCGCUGAUAUUAUUAUUACUUUAAGUUCGCUUAUAUAUAUGUAUAUUUUUUUUCGUUAUCACGAAAUUUGUCGGUUUCAUUUGUACGACACUUCUGUUUCUUUUUUUUUUUUUUUAUUACCGAUAUAAAGCAGGAUAUCAAUUAUUAUUAUUAUGGUAUAUCAGCAGUUGUUCGAUAAAAAUGCACCAUUAAUUCGUACAAUAAUUGUCUGUAGUGGUCAUCUGUUCUUAAUUUAAAUCACGUUAAAAUGAUGAGAAAAUAAGAGAAGAAAACAUGAUGACUGAUUGUUGACGUAUGCAAUUGGUGUUCAGCAUCGAAAUACAAUCGUUUCUAAGAAAAAAAAAUAGACUUUGUUAUCUAUUAUUAUUAUUAUUAUUAUUAAUUGGAUCGUUUAUGUAUUUUAUUUAUGAUCAUGUUGUACCAGGGUUUUUAAUACUCUAUUCCGAUCUUUUGUAUUAUGCCAUCGUUUAGAAGGAGGACUAACGACGAGAAAGUUAGAGAUAUAGCGUUGCGUUUAAGAACGCGUUACGAAAGAAUAGGUACGUAAGAUCCAUCAUAGCUGAAAUUACGAUUUUUACGUUAGACCGAUAAGGAUAGCAAUAAACACGUAAAUAAACGUCGUUUGAUUUACUUCUGCGCGUUUAGUAUUUAAUCAAACAAACAAACAAAAAAAUGGAAAAAAAUGAAAAGAAAAAGAAAAAAUACGAUGCCUUCUGUUGUAGUAGAAUAAAUCGAUAUGUUCGCAUGUAUUCCGCAAUAGGAGCUUAAGUUUUGUCGCUUACAUCGACACGAGUACAUCGUGACCCCGGCACGUAGAUACGACCUUUUUGUGACAUCGUCGAAUAGAGUCCGAUCUUUACAAAUUAAACAAAAGAAAAAAGGAAGUAUAAUGUAUAUCCAUCGCUAUACAUUCGUCCAUGCGAAAAUGCAUUCGAACGGACUUUGCGGAGAGAAAGAAAAAAAACUUUGCCUCCUCAGAUAGAUUCCAUUUUUCACUUACCGGAAGCUUUACUGGGACCAAUAAAACUACCUUGUAAGUUUUGCGUAUUUCUUUCUUCUUUGCUAACGGCGAUCUUAAUUUUAAGAGCUCUAUAUAUUUAUGGUAUAUAUUAUAAAUUAAUUACUCGACUCAGCCUAUAGAGUACAAAGUACGUGACUUGAUCUCAGAGAUUUAAAUAAAUUAAUUGUCUUUCUCUGCCUUUCUGAACGAGCGCGGCGUUAAAUUUUUUUUUUUUUUUUUUUUUUUGAACGACUAACGCACAUUGAGAGUAUAAUACGUUUAAGGAAUCAUGUUAACAAAGGACAGGUUUUACGUUUAAAAAAACAUUAGAAGCCUCUGAAUUUAUCGCAUAUCGAUCUAUCUACCAAUCGCAUUGACUUUCUCGUCGAACAUACGCAGUGACGCUUGAAAAUUUUCGUCGUUACAUCUGUAGGUAGCACGGUGAUUCGUAUCUUUGGAACAAAUCGUGUCAAUAUUAAUAAGUGUUGCUUUUUAUGCGGAAAGUAUUUACUUUACCCGAACUAUAACAGAAGAAUUUUAAACAGACAAAAAAGCAUAUGAAAACCUUCGAAAGCAUGCCAUAAUAAUUACGAACGUCAUAAUAAUAUCCGUUUCUAGAAUUUUUCUACUUUUGUAACGCGUAAAACUCGGUGAUAUUCUGAACGACUGACGAGGAGCGCGCGCCUUCCUUUACUCUCUCGACGACGAAUUCUUCGCUAUUAUUUAAUUCAUUAAUCUAAUCCUACUCGUAAGAUCCGAUUACAAUCUUUCGCUUCCGCAACACAACAACGAAAUAUAUGUUUUAUUUUUUUACAUAUAUAUGUAUAUUCGUUUGUUCCUAGUGCGAUUUAUAACCGCAGGUUAGACGCGGUCUAGUUGAAAAUUCGUCGAAUUUGGAUUUCACGCGAUCUUUUUAGCGUCUUAUUUUAUUAGCCCUCCCUCAUACCCCUUAAGCUGCGACUCUGGCAGUCCGAUUUAUCGUUAAUGAUUUAAAGAUAGAGGCAAUACUAUAUACUAUCCGCAGAUAGUUAAGUUACAUGUAAUAAUGCGUUCAAAUGACAAAUUGCGUUUUUUACAAUGUACCUUGCAAUAACAAUAAGUUUGAUAUUAAAA